CAUUAAUUAAUGCAGAUUACUUCAUACUAUGAACGACAGAUACUGUCCCCUGAAGGUAUAUCUUAACAGUUGGAAAAUGUGUAUAAAUAGUAUAGCAUAUUUAGAAAAACACUAUUGGAUCGAAUGUCAUAUAGUGUUGUGCAAUUCACUUACAUACGUGCAGAGACCACUGGAAAAUUUCGAAAAUAGAGUUUCCUUUCUUCCAAGGACUGUCUAAGGCGUCUAUUGCAUAUGAGCAAGUAAUAUGUCACAGUGAUGCAUAGGAAUACACAUCAAUUUAUUCGUUGUAUGGAGAUUAUCUUACGAAGUGACAUUAUUCAAGUCUUAUACAGUUAUUAAGAUAAUAUUUUUUAUCGUAAUACUAAACCAAAAGAGAAAAACUAUGGAAGCCGAAUCUGGGAAAGAAAGUAAGAACGAAAAAGAAAAACCGGAAGUUGAAAGUACUAUGUCAACCUCAUCUGGUGUAAGUUUAAAACAAUAUCCCUCAUCAUGGAGUUUGAAUUCUUCUUCGCCUUUGUUACCUCGUCCAAGGAAACGUUCUCUAACCGUGUCGUCUCUUCCGCCUAAUCCUGAAGAUAUUCUAGAUAAGAGAGAUCCGAAAGGACGAACCCCCCUUUUCCUUGCUGUUAAAGGUGGGGCGUUAGAGGAUGCUAAACGUCUGAUGGAAUUGGGAUGUAAGGUGAAUUUGACGGAUAAUUACAAUGUGACACCUCUUCAUGCAGCAACAGAAAAACUAAAUGGGGAUAUGAUAGAACUUUUACUGGAGUAUGGAGCAGAUAUAAAUGCUAAGAAUAUACUGGGUCAAACUCCGUUGAUGAGAGCUGUAUUAUAUGAUGAUAUUGAUGUUGUAAAGCUGUUGCACCAUUCAGGUGCUGACUUAAACGCCACAGACUGCACUGGAAAGACAGCGCUGCUAAUAGGUUUACAAGAAGGACGAGUAGAAUGUUGUUCAUAUCUUAUAAAACACAAAUGUCACGUGAACCUUGAAGACAAACUUGGACAGUCAACACUUUAUAUUGCUAUUCGUUGCUGCAAGAAUCCAUCAUCUGUUAUUGUGCGCAAACUAUUGAAAGCUGGAUACGAUAUAAAGCGGGAUAACUCUAUAUGGUUGAAAAUGUCUGAAUUGAAUCGAUAUACUUUCAAAAGAAAGAGUUUUCUAGACAAAGUUAAAGACAAAGUAGUGAGAAACCGCAAAUCAAAAACAGAGGACGAACUUGCUGAUUAAAAAGAUACAAACAUUCACAACUUAUUCGAAAUAAGGAAAAACAGGGAAAUUUGAUCAGCCGUGUGAAAGAAAAUAAAAGUAUUUUAAGCAGUGUGAAUGAAGUAAAAUACAUAUGCAGUAUCUAUUAGUGAAUAAUUCACGGAUGUGAUUCAGUUUAAAUUUCAACUAAAUCUGAACGACUGUAUUGAUAUGUAUAUGUAUAUGUAACUUACAUACUAGCUUCAUUCGAUAAGGCAUUUAUCAUGAAAGUCCCAUCUGAUAGGAAACUAACUGACAUUUUGUUGAACAUGCGGUAUUUUGUCUCAACUAUAUGUAUGUAAUUUUGAUAGUAUGAAUGCGAACGUUCAUAUUAAAUCUAAAAAUGUUAAAA